AUGUUCGGCAAGGUGCCACCGUCGAAUACACCAGGGCCGCCUUCGAACGAUGGGACGACGUCGGUCAAGUCGUGCGUCAGGCCAAGUGGAGCCGCGUGUUUGCCGUGUUUCUCGGUCGACGAGACGCCGGCCACGCUCACCGAGGAGAAGUCGAAACCUUGGAGGCCGAAGGACAACUGUAUGCCAGUGGUCUCCGAAGCACCCUCCAUGGGGAUGGAGGACAAGCAGAAGCUCUGGCGAUCGAAGGAGAAUUGUACCUGUUCUGUCAUCUUCGAACCACCUUGCAUCGCCGAUGACAAGUCGAAACCGAAGAGAGUGAAGGACGGAUCGUGCCCUCUGAACGAGUAUUCUACGCUCACGGAGGACAAAACGAUACCAUGGAGAUCCAAGGAGAAUUGUAACGUCAGCGUGGUCCCUGAUGUGGGGAUGUGCUCGGUCGAGGACAAAUCGAAAACGAGGAAAUGCAAGGAAACGUGUACGCCUUGCGAGUGUUUAGACGAUAAGAAGGCUCGAAGGUCCACGAAGGAGUGUAACAACAAGCUGACGAUGGAGUCAGCUUCCGUAGACGAUAAGUCGAAGGUUCGAAGAGUCCCGAAAGACGGUGGUAACACUGGAGGUGUCGAUUUGUACGGCAGCUCGCAAGCAUCUAGCUCCGCGCCUAACUUCUCCCAAGCGUCCAUCUCGCUCGUCGAGGUGAACAGAGCUGGCAGGAUCGAGUCGACCGGGUGCCUGGUCGCGAAGAACUCUUGCUCCAAAUACUCGGUCAAGGAGGCUUCUGGCCACGGAAGAAGUCACACGGGACUGGCGGCAAAGACGACGAGUGUUGCGUCCAACUUGUCCGCUCACAAGUGCACGUCGAACUCUAAUUGCACGAGUUACGGGAAAUCGUCGGCCAGCGCCGUGAAAUCGCAAAGGAUACUUUGUUCCACGAGCCUGAGCAGUUUGAACGUCGAUCCUGGCUCGAGAGACUCGUCAAAACUGGCGAAGAAGCACACCGGUCCGAACCGCGAAUUUCUCGCUGGCAAGGAGCAACAUUUGUCCGGAGGAAAGUCUAUUUCCAGAGAGACGCAGAAGAGUGUCGCGCAGAGUGCACCAUUGGCGGCAAGCAAACCCGCGAGGUCUUCCGACGUAACAAAACAUUCGGUGUCGAACGGGAAAACUCGUCCCGUCUCGGAAACCAACGACGAGCACGGUGAAUCGCCGAUGGACUUUACGGCGAUCUCUGUGAUCCAGUCGACUGACGAAUCCUGCCAGAACUCGUCCGCCAAGUCGUACAUCGCUGACAACGAUAUCGUGGAGUUGGUAGUUUCGGCCACUUCCACAUCGUCGGCUAGCUACGAGCAACGAAAUUGCAGAGGUGACUUCACCACGUCGACACCGUCGAAAGACUGGAUGAAAUCUAACGGCGACGCGUUGCAGAGUUGCAUUUCCUGUUUGCCGCAAGAUCUUCCAACGGAGCUUCAGUUGCCUACGUCGCGAAGUUACAGGGAACGAGAAAAGUGCCGUGAUCCAUGGCGACCCACCGAAAUGGAAAGCAAUAUCUGCAGCCUGAACGCAGUGUGUCCUGGUGAUACGUAUCAGGAUACCGGCUCGAAAAGGAGAACAGGUGCUUCCUGCCAGGCGUUGAGGCAUGCGGUUGCCUCGUUGAACCGAUUGGAUGACUUUUACAUGGAGAAGAUCGGUGCCGGAUUCUUCUCGGAAGUGUUCAAGGUAGGAUGA